AUGGCGGACAACAUGCCCACGCUGCGGAACGACCUGUCCAUGGUCGCCCGCAAGGCCCGGCUGACCUCGGCCGUCGAGGAUGUUGACAACAUCAUUGCCCAGCUUCUCGAGGCCCGGGAUAAGAUUGCCGCAGAACAAGACCCGCAUGCGGCCAGCCUUAUCUUGACGAAGUUGCAGAAUCCGAUAAAAGAAGGAUUCGAGGCUGUCAACAAUGACCUCAAGGCGGUCUCGAAAACACAAAAAGAGUUCGGAAAGGCUCUGGAUCGGUCCUUCCCGAUCACCCCGCUCCCGACAGAAUACGAUGUCAUGCAGAAACAUCCUGCCCUUAUCAACCGUGCCAUCGCCAUGCACCUCCUCCGCGAAGGCCAUUUUGAUGUAUCCCGUGUCUUCAUGGAUGAGGCACGCGACAUCGCCGCUAUCGACGGGAGCACUGCUGGCGGCGCAGACGACGACCAGGCCGACGACGACGACGCUGGCGAUGACGCAUCCAUGACCAACGGCGACGUCGAGUUUGACGGGCACGGCAACUUUACACAGACGGAGUCCAUCUACCUGCAGGACAAGUUCCAGCGGAUGUACUCUAUUUUGCAGGACAUCAAGGCACACAACGGGCGAUAG